UCCACUUCCCACCAUUAAAAAACUUCCCUCUCUCUCUCUCUUUCUCUGAACUCUCUCCUCAGAAACUCAAAAGAGCAAAAAGAGAGAAGAAGAAGAAGAAGAAACAAAUCCCACACAAUGGCCGUUACACUGUCCUCCACCGUGACACCUCUCCUUCUCGCCGUCCUUCUUCUGUCUCUCUCAUCCGUCUCAGUUCUCAGCGCAUCUCACCACCAUGCGGCCGCGCCGGCUCCUUCUGUUGACUGUUCGACUAUCAUACUCAACAUGGCUGACUGUUUAUCCUUUGUUACGAGCGGAGGCACGGUGACGAAACCGGAAGGUACUUGCUGCUCAGGGCUUAAGACGGUGCUCAAGACUGACGCUGAGUGUCUCUGUGAAGCGUUUAAGAGCAGUGCUUCUCUUGGAGUUACUUUGAACAUCACUAAGGCUUCUACUCUUCCUGCCGCAUGCAAGCUUCACGCUCCUUCCAUUGCUAACUGUGGAUUGUCUGUUGCUCCUACUGUUGCUCCAGGUCUAGCUCCAGGAGCAGCUGCUGCUGCUGGACCUGACUCAGCCGGAACUCUAGCUCCAAACCCGUCUCCAGGGAACGACGGAUCUUCUUUGAUUCCGAUCUCGAUCACAACCCUAUUCAGCGCCGUAUUGUUCGUAUUGUUCUCCUUUAGUAUGUAAAGAACCUGAGCCAUUUUCACCAGUUAGUUUUGGCUGUAUGAAAUUGGUUUUAGGGUCUUUUUAGAGUUAAACUAUGUGUGUGUUUUUGGAGUGUUCUGUUUUGGGACCAUUUCGGUUUCUCUGUUACUCUUUUAGUUUAUGUUAUUACUUUGUCGCCCACAUUGGUCCUAAUUUUUAUUCGACUUAUCGGUUAUUAUUAUUAUCCCUCACUCGUUUUA